GUUAGCCAUUCCGGCCACCCUGGUUCUUCGCCCCACUGUUAUGAUCUCAGUGACUCCAGCAUGACAUCACCCCCGAUUACCUUGCUAGAUAUAAGACUGAGGUUUGUCCACACUCACCAAGAAGCAAUUAAAUCACAAUUACCAUCAUUCAAUCUUCUACCUCUCCUAUCUCACAUUAAACAACUUUUCAAAUCCCCCCAAAUCAAACAUCCAACAUGUCCCACGCAUCCAAGAUCACCCACGGCUCCGGCCAGUCCAGCGUCGGCAACGGCUCUCUCUACGAGGCCGGUGACCAGCGCAACGAGCCUCAGUCCGCCAUCAACGAGCGUGAGCGUUACAAGGAGGGUGUCAAGGGUAGCCACAAGAACCUUGAUUCCAAGGAUGAGCGCUCCAUCGCCAAUAGGCUCGCCUCGCAGGGCAACAAGCCCGACUCUUCGCACCAUCACAACAACAUCUCCAACCCGGAAGCUGAGUUGAGCAAGCAGGACCCUACAAAGCCGGCCAGGAUGCACGGUAACGCUCCCUCCAAGGGUGCUCAAAUUGACGCCGAGCUGCAAGCUGAGGAUGAGCAGCGCCUGCGUGACAAGGGUAUUAAGAAAUAGAUUGUGAUUCAAUCAUGCUGUUAUGAAAUGAUCAUGAUACCCCGGGAUGACAUGUCUGGGUCGAACUUUUGUAUCUAUCGGCCAAGAUGAUGGUGGGGCUUUUGUGUUUUCCUGUACGAUAUGACGAAUAUCAGGGCCUCUUGCCUUUAAAAGCAUUGAGAGCGUCGAAUGAAC